UUGGAGGACCGAGCAGUGAUGGUGGUUCUCUCUGAGAUUUGGCUUCUUUUCGCUCUCUUUGAGUUUUCAGCGGCGAUUUACGAGGAUCAAGUCGGGAAAUUCGACUGGCGACGCCAAUAUGUUGGAAAGCCUCGGUUUGCACAUUUUGAUACACCUACACAGAAUGCAAGGAAACUCAUGGUUACUACAGAGAAUAACGUGAUUGCUUCUCUCAACUUAAGAAAUGGAGAGAUCAUCUGGCGUCAGGUGGAUAAACAAGGACCUGAGGGAAAUGUGGAUCUGAUGUUGUUCCAUGGACAGGAUGCAUUGACUGUGUCAGGAAGAGGGCGAUUGUUGCGCUCAUGGGAUAUGAACAUUGGUGGCUUGAACUGGGAGAUCUUGCUUGAGCCUGGAAGUUUUCAGACAGGUUCUCUUGUUGGCCCUGCUGAGGGAGUAAAGUACAUCGCCAUUCUGAAGAAAGCCUCCAUUUCCCUCCAUUAUCUCAUAAAUGGUCAUCAGAAGUGGAGUGAAACUUUACCAGAAAGUGAAAAGGUCCAAUAUCAGCUCCUGUACUCAUCAGGAAGUGGUGCAGUAUAUUUAGUGGGGAUGGUUGCUGGCUCUCAUCUUGUCAUCAUUCGGUAUGACAUUGAGGAUGGAAAAAUCAUUGAACAGGUGACUGUAUCAGCCCCCUGGAUUCGACAUUUGUGGGACCUUUGUGGGAUUGUUGCAGAUGGGAUCUUGACAUGCAUAGACAGGGAAUCUCACUCUCUUUGGAUAUUGCCAUUGGAAUCUGAACAUGAACCCGAGCAGAUUCUUUUACAGUCUCUAGAGCUGGAACUUCCUGAAAAGUUUGAGGGAAAGAUUUUAACAACCCAGUCAUCUCCAUUGGUGGCAUCGUCUGCUCAAUUCUGCCUUCAAUUGUCGGAGUCCCAUUACGCAUUAUUACAGCUGCAUGAGGGUGUAGUUACCCUACUACGCGACUUUGUGCAGGCUGUGUUAGUUUCCUUUGCUACAACUGGUGACAAAGUGGUGACCGCUGUAAUGACAGCCAAAAACAAAACGGCUUUUGGUAUCAAUCUGUAUUCGGCAGAGAAUGGUAGACGGCUGUUGGACACAGCUAUGAACUUUAACCUGGAUCCAAACUGUGGCCAACCUGAACAGCUCUAUAUUCACGCAUUUCUGAAGAAAGAUGAUUCUGUUGGCUAUCGCGCACUGGUACAGACCCUCGACCAUGCAUUGAUCUUCAUCCAGCAACCAGGUCGGAUUGUUUGGACACGGGAAGAGGCAUUAGCAGAAGUAAUUACCAUGGAAAUGGUCGAUUUGCCUCUAACAGGAACACAGGCAGAACUGGAGGGUGAAUUUGGGAAGAAAGCAGAUGGUCCAAUGGCAAUGUUCAUGAAGAGACUGUCCUCCCAGCUAAUCCUUCUACAAGCAUGGAGUUCCCAGCUGCUUAAAAUGUUUUAUGAUGCACGAAAACCACGUAGCCACUCAAAGAAUGAAAUAACAAUAGAGAAUCUGGCCCGGGAUGAAUUUAAUCUGCAGAAGAUGAUGGUGAUGGUGACAGCGUCUGGAAAGCUCUUUGGGAUUGACAGUAGCUCUGGGACUAUUUUGUGGAAGCAAUACUUUGAGAAUGUGAAACCAGGAUCCUCCUUCAAAUUGGCUGUGCAACGAACGACAGCUCACUUCCCCCAUCCGCCACAGUGUACCUUGAUUAUUAAGGACAAGGAAACUCGGCUGAGUUCUCUUCAUGUUUUCAAUCCAAUCUUUGGAAAGCGGAGCCAGAUCAAUCCACCAGUUCUAACCCGGCCUAUUCUUCAGUCUUUGCUGCUUCCGAUUAUGGACCAAGAUUACGCAAAGGUCUUACUCCUGAUUGACGAUGAACACAAGGUGACUGUCUUUCCCUCUAGUAGAAAUAUUCUGCAGCAGCUCCAGGAUUCUGCACCUGUAAUUUUUUUCUACCUUGUGGAUCCUGUUUGGGGGAAGUUAAAUGGAUUCCGUCUCCACAAGGAUCUUAGGACAGAGGAGAUCUGGGAGGUGGUGAUUCCAACAGAAACACAAAAAAUAGUGAUUGUGAAAGGAAAACGUUCGAAUGAGCAUGUGCACUCUCAAGGUCGUGUUAUGGGAGAUCGCAGUGUCCUCUACAAGUAUCUGAAUCCUAACUUGCUGGCAGUGGUUACUGAAAGCGUUGAUACGCAUCAUGAACGGACCUUCAUUUGUGUCUACCUUAUUGAUGGGGUGACUGGACGAAUCAUCCAUGAAUCUGUGCAGCGGAAAGCAAGGGGACCAGUUUAUGUUGUACACUCUGAGAACUGGGUGGUGUACCAGUACUGGAACACCAAGUCCCGAAGAAAUGAAAUGACAGUUUUGGAACUAUAUGAGGGGACAGAGCAAUACAAUAGUACCGCGUUCAGCUCACUUGAUCGUCCUUUCUCUCCCAUCAUUUUUCAACAGUCUUACAUCUUCCCUUCAGCCAUCAGUCUUGUGGAGGCCACAAUCACAGACAAAGGCAUCACCAGCCGUCACCUGUUGAUUGGUCUGCACUCUGGAGGAAUUCUUUCUUUGCCAAAAGCAUUUCUAGAUCCUCGACGGCCAGAGGUUCCAUCUGAGCAAAGUCGGGAAGAGAACUUGAUUCCAUAUGCUCCAGAACUACCAAUCCGAUCAGAGUGGUAUAUUAACUACAAUCAGUCUGUUUCCAGAGUGCGGGGAAUUUAUACAGCUCCUUCUGGUCUGGAGUCCACAUGUUUGGUUGUUGUCUAUGGACUGGACAUCUUCCAGACUCGUGUUUACCCAUCAAAGCAGUUUGACGUUCUAAAAGAUGAUUAUGACUAUGUGCUCAUCAGCAGUGUCCUGUUUGGGUUGGUUUUUACAACCAUGAUCACGAAGCGCCUUGCCCAAGUGAAACUCUUGAACCGAGCUUGGCGAUAGAUACCUUUGGCAAUGAAGAAAGUGAUGUCUUGUAGCAGAGCGGAACAGAAGUUGGGUGUAACUCUAAUCAGGGAUCUCGAUAGAGUUGAUACCCAUGUACAUACAAUGUAUAUUUUUUGUAACACACUCUCGCUAUGAGAAGCAGAGUGAUGGACACUUUCAAAAGUAGAUUUUUAAAAAAAUUGGUUUAAUUGCUGUAAAGAAAAUAAUUGAACUGUUUCUAUUAAUCAGAAAUUUUUUUGAGAUGAAAGGUAUUUUUGUUCCUGCAGAGCUUGGAGUUAAUAGGGGAGCUACUGAAAGUGAUGUUAUGAUUAAUAGCAAAGCUGAACUUGAAUAUUUCCCAAAACUGUGCUUUAAAUCUUUUAGCUUUUGUUGUGUUCUGGAACUAGUUGAUAUUUAACAAUAGAACAUGGAUGUUGCAUCCUGCUCAGGUUCCCCUUAAACAUGAAUGCUGGAGAGUAGUUUCAUUGUUCAAUCAUUGGACAAAAGCCUCGGGCUUGUACACAAUUUAAGUUGUCCACCAUUCUGGUUUGUUUCCUCAGCCAUUGUUCCCAAUGUUCCUUUGUUAUACAGAGUUUGAAAUGUUGUCAAAAUGUCUGAUUUGUAAUGCUGAGGCACUGCCACCAGAUGUUGCUCAAGUUGUCUUUUUUAUCUGGAUAGGCACUAGUUCCACAUGGUGUAUGGAGGUUGUACUACAUCCUUCGUCCUUGGGCAUUAUCUUCAGUUCCAACACUCCUAAGUGGACAAUAAAUUGGCAAAUUUUAUUUUCGUGUCAUGUUUAUGUUGAUUUCCUCCCAGUGUAAUUAACAAUCCCAUUUUGCAGUGUUGCAUGUUGAUGGUAUUCGUGAGGAGUGGUUGUUAGAUGAUUGCUGACUGAGUAUUUACAUUAAUUUGAAAUAGUUGUUCAUUGUUUCGAUUGAAAUUUUGAAGUUUGCGUGCAAAGGAGAUGUGGGGUGUGUGUGCAUGUACCUUAAGCGUCAACUGACAAAUGUCUUGAAAUACAAAAAAAACAGAAAAAUUUAACAGUUGCAACUUGCAAGUGUACCCUAGGAAUAGAGGAUUUUAGUUGUUGAUUAUUUUAAUUUAUGACGUUUAGUAUUUAACUCCUGAAAAUCUUGACUGGGUUUUAGAGCCAACUUAAAAUGUGCAAUGGUUGAGUCAUUGAACAGGAUUAAUGUCUGAUGUGUGAAUAUCUGAGAUUCUAAUCAUGUGCCCAAGUUUCAGCAUUGUUUUGUGUGAAAUGGGGUUAGAACUACAGUGAUCUUUGGGUUAGUUACAUGUCUUUCCCGUUCCUGUAAUUCUAUUGAAGUCAUAUCAAAAACAUUGAUACUUGAAACUAAUACAUGGAAAUCUGUUAAAUAGUAAAUAUUAAUUUGUUUUAUGGGUUGUUUUUGAAACCAUGAAUAAAAUGUUACUGUAA